AUGGCUCCUAAACAGAAGAUUAUCAUUGAUACCGACCCUGGUGUUGAUGACAUUUUGGCUUUGCUCCUCGCGCUCAGUGCUAAACCUGAGGAGCUCGAGGUUGCUCUGGUAUCUGUCACAUACGGCAACGUCCCUCUACAGAGCUGCCUCCGAAACGUUGUUUCCGUCUUCCAUGUCCUUGAAAAAGAACUCGAAUGGAGGAAGUCUACAGGCAAGCCCGAAGGCUUUGGUGCCAUGAAGGCAAACAAGCCCAUCGUGGCUGUUGGUCCUGACCACCCUCUAUGUGACGAGGAGCUGAUGGCCGAUUACUUCCAUGGCAUUGAUGGCUUGCAUAACGUUCAUGAGGCUCAUCCCGAUUUGUCUCCAGCUGAGACCUGGAAAGGCAUUUUCGGUGAUGGCGCUGAAGAGGCUGAGAACUAUUCUCCCCUCUUCACACCUUCCAAGGCCCCAUCUCACCAAGAGAUUCUUCGAAUUCUGAAGGAGAACCCAGCGGAUACUGUUUCUAUCCUGGCAGUUGGCCCUCUUACAAAUGUUGCCCUGGCAGCCGCGGAAGAUCCUGAGACUUUCCUCCGAGUCAAGGAGCUUAUCGUUAUGGGCGGAGCUGUCAACGUCGAGGGUAACUGCACUCCUGUUGCUGAAUUCAACUGCUACGCCGACGCUGUAGCCGCCGCGCGAGUUUAUGCGCUCACUUCUCCCAAGCCAAGCUCCACCAUGCCUAGUAUCCCCAAGGAGCUCUCAACACUCAAGGCAUACCCUGAUAAGCUUUCCCGCCAACUUAAGCUCACACUUUGCCCCCUUGAUAUCACAACACCCCACUUGAUUGGCAAGAACUACUUCAAGGAGAACAUUAAGGCUCACAUCGAUGCUGGCAGUCCCCUGGCUAGGUGGGUGUCCCACUUCGUCAUGGGCUCGUUCAGGAAGAUCGAGGACAUGGAGGGAGAUGAGAACGAGCCUGGCCUUUCUCUGCACGACCCAUUGACAGUCUGGUUGGCUAUGACUCGAGAUGAUCCCAAGUGGAAGUUUCCCGAGAAGCUCGAGGACAUCCGUGUAGAAACAAGUGGACAGUGGACACAUGGAAUGCACGUCACCGACCGUAGGUUUAGGAAGAAGCCUGCCGAGGCUGCAGUCGCCCUCUCAGAUAACCCUAACGAGGACCCUCACAUCCUGACUCUGGACGAGGUUCCUGGUGACGACCACGCCUGGUUGAGUGUGCUCAAGGGAAACCGCCUCAACCGGGUUAUUGACUCUCCUGGUCACGACAUCUUCAAGGAAGUGCUCAUGCAGCGAAUCUUCGGUUAG